CGAGCAGGGUGGAUGGAGGUGGGAGGAGAGUCCAGUCCACCGACCCUGCUUUGAAGCGCUCAGAGAAGGCGGGGGCCCCGGUCUGGCCCGCCCCUUCACAGGCUGAACGUCCCAAGAUUGGGCGCCCUGCCGCUUAGCUGGGUCCGCCCCACCUGGCCCUCCGGUAUAUGGAAGUCAGGACCACGCCCAGGACCCCGAGCUGCAGCAGCCGCGGACCUGCGCCCUCUCGACCCUCUUGGGAUCCCUCAACUUCACGUGGGCCCCGCGUCCGCCCCCGGACCCCUGGACCCUCCGCUGUUGCUGCCCGGCGUCAAUCCCUCGCUCAAACGCUCUCUCUCUGGAUCCGGGUCCACACCUGCGCAGCCUUUCUACCCUGCGCUGUGUCCUCCGGCCCUCUCUGGACCCCUAGCCUCUUCCUGCUGGUCCCCAGGGCUGCUGAGGUCAAGCCCAGUGCCCAGGCCGGCAAACAGCAUGCAGCGGCAGGUACUCGGGCUCCUGUCGCUGCUCCUGCCGCUCCUGUCGUCUCCUGCUCGCGUCCCGAAGCCCUCGGCGCAGGACAUGAGCCUGGGCGUGGACUGGCUGACCCGUUAUGGCUACCUGCCACCACCUCACCCCGCCCAGGCCCAGCUGCAGAGCCCUGCAAAGCUUCGAGAUGCCAUCAAAGUCAUGCAAAGAUUUGCUGGGCUGCCCGAAACAGGCCUCAUGGACCCAGCGACAGUUGCCACCAUGCACAAACCCCGAUGCUCGCUGCCUGACGUGCUUGGUCCGGCAGGGCUUGUCAGGCGUCGCAGGCGCUAUGCUCUGGGUGGCAGUGUGUGGAAGAAGCGCACUCUGACGUGGAGGGUCCAGUCCUUCCCCCAGAGCUCACAGCUGACCCGGGAGACUGUGCGGACCCUUAUGAGCUACGCCCUGACCGCCUGGGCUGUGGAGUCUGACCUCACAUUCCAGGAGGUGUCCUCUCAGCAUCAGGAGCCUGACAUCCUCAUCGACUUCUCCCGGGGCUACCACCUAGACAGUUACCCCUUUGAUGGGCUGGGUGGCACCUUAGCCCAUGCCUAUUUCCCCGGGGAGCACCCCAUCUCUGGGGAUACUCACUUCGAUGAUGAGGAGAUCUGGACAUUUGGGUCAAAAGAUGGUGAGGGCACUGAUCUGUUUGCUGUGGCAGUUCACGAGUUCGGCCAUGUCCUGGGCCUGGGUCACUCCUCUGCACCCAACUCCAUUAUGAGGCCCUUCUACCAGGGCCCGGUGGGAGACCCACACAAUUACCGCCUGUCCCAGGAUGAUCGCGAUGGCCUGCAGCAGCUGUAUGGGAAACCGUCCCAGACCACAAGUGACAAGCCCACAAGGAAACCCCUGAUUCCUUCUCCCCAGCCCCCAGCCCUGCCCCCUGACAGCCCCUCCACACCUGUCCCUGAUAGAUGUGAGGGCAAUUUUGACGCCAUUGCCAACAUUCGAGGUGAAACUUUCUUCUUCAAAGGCCCCUGGUUUUGGCGCCUCCAGCCCUCAGGACAACUGGUAUCCCCCCGUCCUGCCCGGCUGCACCGCUUCUGGGAGGGACUGCCCAGUUACGUGAAGGUCAUUCAGGCCGCCUAUGCCCGCCACCAAGACGGCCGAAUCCUCCUCUUCAGCGGCUCCCAGUUCUGGGUGUUCCGCGACCGGCAAGUGGAGGGCGUCGCGCAGCCGAUCACGGUGCUGGGGCUGCCUGCGGGUGAGGAGGUUGACGCCGCGUUCUCUUGGCCGCUUAACGGGAAGACCUACCUGAUCCGGGGCCAGCAGUACUGGCGCUACGACGAGGCGGCCGCGCGCCCGGACCCUGGCUACCCGCGCGACCUGAGCCUCUGGGAAGGGGCGCCCCCCUCUCCGGACGAUGUCACCGUCAGCAAUGCAGGUGACACCUACUUCUUCAAGGGCGUCCACUACUGGCGAUUUCCCAAAGGCAGCGUCAAGACCGACCCAGACUCGCCCCAGCCCAUGGGGCCCGAGUGGCUGGACUGUCCUGUCCCAGAUUCUGGUCCUCGAAGGCCUAUACCUCCCAAAGCAACCCCCAAGUCCGAAACCUGCGAUUGUCCCUGCAACCUCAAUCUGGCCCCAGGGCAGCUGCCCAAGCCCCUCCUGCUGCUCUUCCUGCUCCUGUUGGUGGGAGAGGUCUCCUCCUGCUGAGGGGGCCAUCCAGAGCCGAGCAGCCCCACGCCCACCGCGGGACCAGUGUGGGGUUGUGAGCCACUGCCAAGCCCCAGGGUGCAUUUCCACGGCCGGUAGAGUCUCUGACGUGGGAAGAGCGGUGCAGCCUGGACCUGACUACCCACCCACCUGCUCCGCUUGUGCCCUUGGCAGCGCUGGAGGACACCGGCAGGCUGGAGUCCGUCGCCAGGAGGCGCACGCACCCAGUGGCCGUAGUCCCCCGGCCCUCCGCAGUCGGCCUGGGCCUCCGAAACCGCCAGGGGACAGUGCAGACCCUCUCUCCAGAUCCCAAAAGGAACAGGACGCAGUGAGCUCGGUUAGAGGGCGUGGCGAGAGCUCCAGCAGAGCUGUUGGAUUGGACGCAGGACGUCCUCUCGGCGGUUCGCAAGAAGGGGACUCUGUCCUGGGCACGAUGACCCAGCAGGACUCACCGUUUCCCGGAACAGCCCGGCUGUUUCAGAACACAGUCUGUGGACUCUCCCCAGCCUCCCACCCCCACCCUAUUGGGACUGUGCCUAGUAUCUGAUUGAGCCUUUAGCUGAAACAUCAGAUCAGGACACUGAGUUGCACCUCUUCAUACCUGCUCUGUGUCUUCAAACCUAUUUGGUCUUGUCUCCCUGUUUGGCUUCUACUGUUAGGGAAAACAAACCAAACACGGGAAGAAACGGCACUGAGAAGGUUUAGGAGGCAGCUUAUUACACUGGUGGGCUUGACUGGGUUUGCUUCCAAAGAGUCAGAGGCCUGCCUGGCUGGGUUCUGGGACUUUUAUGGGAAGAACGGAGGUACAAAAAUAGAUUUGGCACAUUGUGAUUGGAGGGUUAGGAGAUAUCUUGGGUUGGUAAGGGAGUAUAAACAUUUCAGGUUAUGGCUGGGGAUUUAGCUCAGUGGCAUAAGUGUCUGCCUGGCAAGUGCAAGGUUGUGAGUUCAAUCCCCAGUACUGAAGAAAAAAAAAAUUGCAAGGCCAUCAGUUAUACAAAAAGGUAGCAAAGAUGGGUUACACAAAGGAAGAGAGAAAUGUUCUGUUAUCAGACCUGUCCAAAUGUGUUUGCCUGUCCGGACAUGUUUGCUUUAUUUAAAAAUUUAAUUUCCCCCUCACUACUACAUCCCACUAAUCACUCUAACCCCAGAGCAUAAGGCCUAGGAACCACCCAAAACCCAGCAACCUCCUAAAAUGAGCAUCUUCUCCAUGCCCUUGGUAAAGUACCACAAUUUGGCUCUAGAACAACUUGGCUACUAUAGGCUCAGGGCUACUAGUGGACAGAUUCUGCUCAGCCCCGCCUCCUUAGCACCCUUGGCCAGCCUUACAGGUAAUUCUAGGUUAAGGAAUAGAUGAGGCCUAGGACACCUCAUCACCUCUACUCCCCAGAUUCAGAAGCAUCAUUGCUUCUGGAAUAUUCCAUAUCAGAACUCACCCAUGAAAAUUAAAAAUGUAGAUCCCGUACCUGCACCCUGAAUCCUGAUUUGGGAUGAAGUUAGGAAUCUGCAUUUUAAGCAUCUUGGGUGGGCCAGAGAUUUAGCUCAGUGGCAUGAGCACCUGCCUGGCAAGUGCAAGGUUGUGAGUUUGAUCCUGGUACAAACAAACAAACAAAAAAAACCAAGAAGCUUGGGCAGGAUGUGUGCCCUGAUAGCCAAGGAAGCUGGCUGUCUCAUGGCAUCGCUGUGGCCUCCCUCCCAGGUGCUAGUCUCUUCCUGUAUUCUCUACGGGGCCAGGCGGAUGGCCUUGGUUGAGAGGUGUCCAUUCCCCUCAGAGUUGAGUCACUUAGAGGACCACUUUGUGUUUAGGUAACUUUUUUUUUUUUUUUUUUUUUUUGUACCAGGGAUUGAAAUCAUGACCUCAGCCUGCCAGGCAGGUGCUUAUGUCACUGAGCUAAAUCCUCAGUCGCAAGGACUACUUUUUUAGGGUUCUGCCUAGUUCCACUGGUGCCAAAAUCCUUUGGGGGAUCCCAGACCAUGGACAGCACUUCAAGAAACCAGGAAAAGUUAGCCCCACUUGUUCCUGACCCCUAGGUCAGCAUGAGAAGAGUCAAGCCUCCUCCACCAGUUUAUGAUCUGAUGAAUCUAAGCCACUUGGAAGCCAUGUGGUCCUCUAUCGGCUUCCUUCCAAGUAGGAGGAGAGGGAAACAGCCCCACUCUGGAGAAUAAAACUAGAAAAAGCUCUUCGUUUCUUCUGAGCACUGAAGGUCCUGGGUGAAGUUUGGUGGCAGUAACUGGACAGACAUGAACUGCUCUGUUUUGCAGAAGCUGGAAUGAAUCCAGGGUUCUUCAGAGCAGGGAGUAUUGAAGUAGAAAGAAGAGGAAGCAGCAGAGGGAGAAACCAAAAGUUGAUUGAGGGGAAGCCCAGAGGAAAGCUGAGAAACCAAGAUGUUUUCAUGGCUACAUAUAGACUCCAGUCAGUACUUUAUUGCCUACUACACAAAAACAUACCAGAAUGAUUACUGUUAUUUUCAGCAUGGUACAGUAAAAACAUGGUACAAUCCCACAACCAAGAUCAAAAUUUGCUUUGUGUUUCGAAGGAUACUAUCAGGAACUUGUAAGUCAACUCAAAGCAUGGGAGAUAUUUGAUUUUAUAUAUCUUAUCGGAGACAUAUCCAAAAUAAAUAACAUCUUUCCUUUAACUUUUUUUUUUUUAUCAGUACCAGGGAUUGAACUCAUGACCACCUGCUUGCAAGGCAGGUGCUUAUGCCACUGAGCUAAAUCCCCAGCCCCGAAAUAACAUCUUAAUAAUAAAAAGACAGCCAAAUUAAAAGUGGGUAAAGAGCUGAGUAUACAUUCUUUCCAGAUAGAAAAAGGUUGAUUAGGGGCUGCAGAUUUACCUCAGCGGCAUAAGCACCUGCCUUGCAAGCAGGCAGUUGUGAGUUUGAUCCCUGGUACCGAUAAAAAGGAAAAAGACAAAAAAAAAAAAAAAAAAAAAAGGAAAAAAAGAAAAAGGUUGAUUAGCACAUAAAAAAGAUUCUAGAGCAUCAUUAGUUAUCAUGGAAAUGUAACUCAGAAAUAUAAUGGGAGCUGGGCAUGAUGAUGCAUAUCUAUAAUCCAGAAUUUUGAGAGGCUGAGGCAGGAGGAUUACAACUUUGAGCCCAACCUGGACAACUUAGUAAAUUAGUGAGAUUCUAUCUCAGGGAAAAAAAAAAAAAAACUUACAAGGCUUGGGAAUGUAACUUAGUGCUAUAACUUUGGGUUUCAUCUCUGGUACUGCACAGUUAAAUUUACUAGUAUGUCUACAAUUAAAUAAAUGAAUAAUAGCAGACGUUGAUGAAGAGAUAGAGUAACUGGAACUCUCACACCUUGCAGCUGGUAAUGGAAUGUGGUAUAGACACUGUGGAGAAAAGUCUGACUAUUCCUCAAAGCCUGAAAGAUAGUUGCCCUCUGAUUCAGCAGUUCACUCCUAGGUCCACACCCAACAAAAAUGAAAAGCCCAUUUUUUUUUUCCUUUGGUACUGAGAGUUGAACUCAGGGCCUUAACACUUGUCAGGCAGGUGUUAUAGCCCUGAGCUACAUCCCCAACCUAAGUCACCCUCACAGAAAUGUAUGCAUGAAGCCCAACAUGGUGGUACAUGACUGUAAUCCCAGUGUAACUGGGUUGAGUUUUGUUUGUCAAUGUUUUUUUAAAGACAGGAUCUCAAUACAGAUAUUUCUCAUUUAA